GCCGCCGCCUCCCCUGGCCUGCCGCAGCGCGCCGCAGUCCGGCCUCCCCGCCCGGCGCCGGGAAGGCUGCCUGGCGGCCUCGUCACGUGUCCUCGGCGAUCGCCGAACAGGUCUGAUCAAUUUCUGUCUGCAUCUGCCGGGUCCCUGCGCCUAUCGAUCGCAGACCUGUGUCUGCACCAGCGAGGACGAGAAAGAUGCAUGCUGCGGGCCCUUGGACUUCUGGGUCACCGGGUUGGGGGGUGCGCAUAAAUCGCCUUUCCAGAAGCGGGCCCCCGGCUAAUUGGAAGCCUGUAGGCUAGCCAGCUCCUUGGACGUCUGCCCUGCACCCUGGGGCCCCUGCCAGACCGAAAGAGCCUCGCUGCGCAAGGGGCUGGCGUCCCACCACACAUCACCCACAAUGCUUUGCCGCCCGGACCGCCAGCCAGUUCCCCCGAGGGUGGGGAGGGGGCGGUGCUGCCCUGUCAGUCUCCUGGCGCGGGGCCGGAAGACCUGGGAACCGGAGUUAAUGCCCUGUGAUGAAUUAUGCCGCUGCCCUUAAUCGGCCGCUGGCGCUGGGGAAGCCUUUCUAUAGCCAGAGUCUCAGACCUUUAGCUUUGUUCCGCUGCGGGCGCAAGCCACCAGGGAAACCGCGAGCUUGCUUUCCACAUCUUAGGAUGCAGGCCCCCUGCAAGAAUUUUCUCCUACUUCACUCUGUAAUGGCCCGAAAACGCCGCCGCUUACCUGUAGAGCGUGCCAGGUGAAAUGCACUGGGGAAGGUGCAAACGCGCCCUCCAGACAGCAGUACGGGGCCAGGCAUCGUAGAAGGUUCCUUUUUACCGUCCUAGGGGCAAAGCAGAAGGAAAACCAAAUGACUGUUGGGAGGGCUGGCCCAGUAAAGAACCUUCUCUACAUCUAACAUAAAUCAAGCCUGCUGAUGGUUUCCGGUGGUGAGUCGUCCUUUCCAAAUAUAAGAGGAAUAAAGAAGUCACUUCCCCAGCUGUCAUCAUCUGCAAACACACUGAGCAAGAAUAUUUCAAGCACGACAGAAAAGACAGUCUGUCAAACCCUAGAAGAUGAUCAGCCAUCUGAUUUUUUCAAAAAAGGGAAUAGGGUGACGAAGUCUCAUCAGAAAAGCAGCAAUAUGAAUGGUGGCCCGUCUUGGAAUAAAGUACAACGUUCAAAAAACCCUUCAGGAAAGAGGCAGAGUCAAUCCCAAGUGCUCUGCGUGUCCUCCCAGCCUCCUGCGGACAGACUCCAGGACAGCAGGUUCCCAGAAGGAAAACCCAAAAGGAGCCCACCGGGCCCUCAGCGGCGGGGCGCCUCGGGGAAGGAGCUGUUUCUGGACCUGCAGUGCAUGAAAAUCCUGAAGGAGGGUGUGGGCGAGGAUGAGGACAGUGCCAGCGACCUAUCCGACUCGGAGCGGGUGCCCCUGCUGCCGUCGGUGCGCGCGCCCCCGGAGCUGCACCUGCGCGCGGAGGAGAUCCACGCUACGGACCCGGGCCUGGAGUCAGACGCCGAAGCGGAAGCCCGGGGCGGCGCGCACCCCUCCUACCAGUAUGCGGACUUCCUGCCGGCCCCGUUCAGCUCCUGGGACCUCCGCGACCUGGCCGUGCCACCCGGCACCGAGCCCAGGCCCGCAGCUCGCUGCGGUGCUGUAGGGCCACUCGCCAGGUACAUCGACAGGCUGGUCCAGCUCGAGUGGCUGCAGAUGCAGACCGUCCAGGGUGAGAAGGGGAAGGGCGCCAAAGCCAAGCCUCCCACCGUCCCUGGCAUGUCCACGGGGGCUCUGAAAAGCCCAGGCAGAAGCAAGCUGGUGGCCAGUGCUGCGGCCAGGCCUCCCCAGGAGGGGGCUUGCAAGCGGGGAGCUCCGGGCGCUUCCCGGAGGAAGGAGCUGCACCCAGAAGAAGCCCGACCGUCCUAUUACGCGUUUGACACAGCCAAAGGCCUCCGUGCGCCUCGGGCCAGCAGGCCGAGUUCUCAGAAGCCAGCCCUUGACGUGAGGACGGAAGAGCAGAGAAAGAAAGUCAAUAAGAGCCCCAGACUCCAGCGCUGGGACCCGCCCUGCGGUGACAGUGGCGGCGCCAGGGCUCCCGUGCAGGGGGCGACCCCCCGCGACUCCGCUACCCCCGGCGGGGUGGCCAGAACGCAGGCACACGCGGGCCUGAAGAAGAAGGGCGGAGCGAGCAGCUGUGUUCCCGCGGCCAUAGCCAGCGAGAAGAAACCCAAAACCAAUGGAGUAAAGCCAAGCACAUACAAAUUCAAACAAGAACCGAAAUGAUGCGUUGCAAAGUCCCACAGAGUGCUAAAUGUCAGAGCUCGUCCGAAGGUUGGCACACUGUGAGUCCCAGGACGUUUUCUGGCGACCCACAGGCGAGUCCUCGGGUGGUCCCGGGGUGCAGCCGGCUGGGGCUUAUUUGCAAGGAAAGGCAGCUUUCAAUGAGCCUUUCUUCCUGCCGACAAUCUUAAGCACAUGAGAGCCCUUUAGCUUCAUGAACCCAGGUCUGCGCCAUAUAACGACCUAAAAUGACCAGUCCGAACUGGACGCUGCUGCCAGCCGCACACCCCCACGUCGGCACCCUCCAGCUCCCCCAGCUGCCCCGAGCUGCCCCCCAGCUGCCCCGAGC